CGUGAGACCGGAAGAGGCGGGACUUAUUUUUCCAUGGCGCGUCAUAGUCGAGCGGAUACAGCUUAUAAACAGAUGAUAAAUCGUAAUAUAAAAAUAUAAUAUAUAAUUUUGCAUCCGUUUUAUUUUCGUGAGAGUUGCAUAUUUAUAUUAUAUAUAUUAUUUAAUUUGAUUUGGCUGUAGGCGCGCGGGUGUGUUUGAGCGGAUUAGCCGGUUAGCACAGAGCGGAUAGCAGCAGGCCGCAGGGAAUAUGUAACGCGUGCGUCACCAUGACGACCAAGUUCAGCAAGACGUACACGCGGAAGGGCGGCGAGGCGAACUCGAAGUUCGAGGAGGUGUUCGGUAACAGGAAAGCCACGUUGAGUACCAAAUGGGGAGAGACGACGUAUAAAGCACAGCUGGGAUCCAGACGCCCCGCCCACACGCCUGCCACGCCCGACACAUCCACGCUGCACAAAAAGCCCCGCCUCGAGCGCGAUGACGAGGAGGACGACCCGUUCGGCUUCGACAGCGAUGAUGAGGAGCAGAGCGAGACGUCCCGAGGGUCGGAGGCAGAACAGAACGCGAAGGGCGGAGCCAACGCAGCCACGCCCGCUCAGAGCCCCUCCCCCGCCUUCACCGGAUCUAAACCCAUGUCACACACAGCUAAUUUAAAACCCGCCCCUAAAGACUCAUACGGUUUUGUAGAUUGUUUGCGCGAGAGUUCCCCAUCUGAGCUCACCGAGAGCGAGUCCGCACAAACCGGCACCGCGUCGGACAAUUCCAAACCUGCCGAACAGGAAGCCGGAGCUUCCGAGACGGCGGAGGAGCCGAUCGAUUUCGAGCAGCUUCCUCUGAUUAAACCGGCGAGAGACCGCAUUUACAGAAGGGCCGGGAAGAAAGGAGAACCGGAGAACUCCCAGAAUUCCCAACUGUCAGGAGAAAACAACAGCAAUAAACCCGUCGUCGCCGCCACCAUCUCCGCGAGCGUGUCUGCGCCUGGGGCGUCGGGGGUGAAAGGUCGCGGACGAGUGAGGGAUUACACGCUGCUGCAUCCAUCGUGUGUAUCGGUGUGUAACGUCACCAUCCAGGACUCCAUAGAACGCAGCGUGGAGGAGUGUGUGAGCACCGCGCCAUCCGAUCUAGGGGACGCCGGGACGUUCCGGAGAAAGACGGACGCCCAGCCUCCCAAGUACAGCAGGCAUCGUCCCACUAAGUCUAAGCUGGAGUGCAAGCUGGAGUUUUUCGGCUUUGAGGACGGCGUGUGUGAGGACGGAGACACCGAACCUGGCACCAGCUACAAGAUUAAAUACUUCGGCUUUGACGAGCUGAGCGAAAGCGACAGCGAGGACGAUGAUGACCGGCCCGGGAAGAAGAAGAAGAAGAAGAAGAAGGACGCUGAGGAGACGAGGAUGGCGGCGGCGGACAGUCCUCAGAUCAGCGACUCUCCGGAACUUACACACGCCCACACAGAUCCUCAGGAGUGGCAGGAUGAGACGGGCUCUGCCGGUCCAGACACACUGAGAGACCGAGCGGGAAAACACACCGACAAAACCAUCAGCCGCAAAAUCUUCAGAAAGAUUCCUACUAAAGCGGUGUACAAUGCUCGUCACUGGAAUCAGCCUGAAGCGGAGGAAGCUCCUCCCACCUCACACAGUGACAUCACACCUAAGCCGAGCCCGUCAAACGUGAACAAAGACAUGAAUUCUAUAAAAGACGACACCGUGUUUAAAGCCCCACCACCUCCCCCUAAAGUCACUAAAUCAGUGACUCCGCCCACUGAGCCCCACCCACACACUACCACUGCAGAACAAAAGGAGCUGUACACAGUUGUCCAGCACGUGAAGCACUUUAACGACGUGGUGGAAUUCGGAGAGAACCAAGAAUUUACUGACGACUUUGAGUAUCUGGAGACGGGACUAAAGAGCACACAGCCUCUACACACACGCUGCCUUAGUAUAAUCAGUUUAGCCACACGCUGUGCCAUGCCGAGUUUCCGCAUGCAUUUGAGAGCGAGAGGAAAAGUGGCUCAGGUGUUCAACAUGCUGAGCGACGCACCACAACAUCCGAACCUGGCAUUGUGCACGGCAGCUCUGCUCUACAUUCUCAGUCGGGACCGGCUCAAUAUGGACCUGGACCGUGGCUGUCUGGAGCUGAUGAUCCGUCUGCUGGAGCUGGAACAGGACGAGUCUGAGGAUCAUCAGAGCAAAGUGAAGGAGAAAAUACAGAAACUGUGUGAAACUGUACACAACAAACACCUGGACCUAGACAACAUCACUACGGGUCACCUGGCGAUGGAGACUCUUCUCUCACUGACAUCUAAAAGAGCAGGAGACUGGUUUAAAGAAGAGCUCCGGUUACUGGGGGGACUGGACCACAUCAUAGAUAAAGUCAAAGAGUGUGUGGAAAACCUAGAUACAGAUGAUGAUCAUGAGAACCUGGUGGCCUCAUUAUGGGGAGCAGAGCGCUGUUUACGAGUUCUCGAGAGUGUAACGGUUCAUAAUCCAGAGAAUCAGUCCUACCUGAUUGCUUACAAAGACUCACAACUGAUCAUCUCGUCAGCCAGGGCCCUGAGGCAUUGCGAAUCCAUGAUUCAUCUCUACUGCCGUGAUGUCAUCAACUCUAGUGCCGCCUCUGCUCACAGUAACCAUAGCAACGUGGGAAAAGCAGUAGAGGAUUGUAUGAGGGCGGUGCUGGGGGUGAUGCUGAACCUCACACAUGAUAAUGAGUGGGGCAGCACUAAGAUGGGUGAGCAGGAUGAACUGAUCGUGACUGUGCUGAACAGUGUGCUUAAAGUUCCUCAGUUUCUCCCUCAGGAGCAGAGAUUUGACAUCCGUGUGCUCGGUCUGGGUCUGCUGAUAAACCUGGUGGAGUACAGCUCCAGGAACAGACACUGUCUGGUAGAACUGGAGGUGGAUUCGAGCUUUCUGCCGGAGACGGAGAAAGACAGGAGGAUGGAGGGAGAGAAGGAAGCGCAGAAGGUCAACAAGGAGAUGGAGGAUAUGAAGGAGAAGAGACCGGACGCGAAAGAUAGUGCUCUCGCUGCACUGGUGCAGUUCUUCCUGGAGCGCGAGAGAGCGGCCGUGCUGGCCGAGGCGCAGGCUGAUGAUAUCAUCAGCGAGGCACCGAAGCCUCAGGCGGAUGAGAGCGGGCAGUGGCAGGUGACGAGCGGAGAGAUGCAGUGGGUCGCCUCAGAAAAUAACACGGAUGACAAGAAGGAGAAGGAGAAAGAGGAAGAGGAGGAGGAGCUCGAUUUUAAUAAAGUCCUGCAUCAUGCUGGGAAACACAUGGAGGACAGUAUAGUGGCGUCAUACACUGCGCUGCUGCUGGGGUGUGUGUGUCAGGACAGUCCGGUGAAUGUAACGGCUGUGAGAGACAGCCUGCCUAAAGGAGAUUUCUCCAUCAUGACUGAGAUGCUGAAGAAGUUCCUCAACUUCAUGAACCUGACUUGCGCAGUGGGCACCACAGGACAGAAAUCCAUCUCCCGCGUCAUCGACUAUCUGGAGCGCUGUUAGCAGGAUUUCAGAGGAGCUGGCAACUCCAAAGUCUCACGGCUGUGGUUUGAACACACUGCGGUGUCGGAGUUGAGUCAGCAGGCUGAGAGGUAAUCAGACCCGACAGGACAGAAGCUCCAGUUAGACUAAUCCCCACUGCACAACAGAAGCACCACAGGAGCUCUCCCGCUCAGAAGAUCCUCAUCGGACCGGACAGUCCGGGAGGACAGAAGCCCCCUGCAGGACGGAACAUCCAUCUCUCUCGCUCUCUCUUCUCUCUCACGCGCACUCUCAUUCCGUCUUUCUCGCUCAAUCACUCUCUCAUUCUGUCUUUCUCACGUUCUGUCUCUCAUUCUGUCUAUCUCCCGCUCAAUGUCUUUCUCAUAUUGUCUCUCAUUCUGUCUGUUUCGCUCAUGUUCUGUCUCUCACUCUGUCUUUCUCAUAUUCUCUCUCUCUCAUCGUUUCUCGCUCUGUCGGUCUCACACACGGUCUCAUUCUAUAUUUCUCAUCCUGUCCGUCUUUUCUUCUCUCUCAUUUUAUCUUCUGUCCUGCCUCAUUCACAAAUUAUAGUAUUUUGAGAAAUUACACCCGGAAUUUUGUGUGUGUGUGUGUG